UGUGUGUGUGUGUGUGUGUGAAAAAAGGUUUUAAAACUGCUGUAUUUUAACAGAGGUUUAACAGUGGAAGUUUCCUCACACAGCAGACAGACAGAGCAGACGCAGUGAAGUGAUAACACACAGUUCUUCUGUGGUUUCACCGAUUAUUCUCCAUCAGGAUCAAACUCAGAAUGAAUAUCCACCGUUUCAUUUUCUUCUGCUUCUCAUCAGCAGCAUUGUUCCGUGGAAGCACUGAUCUCGUCAACACACAAUCUUCCCCUUACACAAAACUGGAGGGCGAAGAUUUCAGGGUUUCGUUUGACUUUCAGGUCCCUGCAGGAGGCAGAAUGUACCUGUGCAGGAGCGACUGCAAAGAAAAUGACAUCCUCACUGAGAACAGAGCUCAGGGCGAGAAAUACACCAUCAGAUACGACACCAAUGACAGUAAAGUGUACGUAGUCAUCAAAGAGGUCAGCCAGUCUGACGCAGGACGGUACAAAGUCGGCGUGAGCACGUCUUCUUCACAGGAUCCUGAAUACAAGGAGUUUGAGCUCAGGGUCAGAGAGCUUUGUGAGAGGGAUCUCACCUUGGGAGAGCCCAGAGUCUACAGCGGCACUGAAGGAGGAAAAGUCACAAUCAGAUGCUCCAUGUCCUCGCAUCCACGAAACAGGAGGUUCCUCUGCAGGGACGAAUGUAAGAAAUUUCUCUUUCAUACCAGCGAUGAAACGGCUACGGAGAAGAGAUACAAAAUCGUGUAUGGGGACAGUGAUCUGUUCAACGUGACCAUCACGGAGCUCACCGUGAACGACUUCGGGCAGUACAGGUGCGGCGUGUUAAAAAGAGACGGAGAAAACACAUGCCAGAGGUUUGAGAUCACGGUUUCAGACGGUAAAGUCUUGACUCUGGUCAUUUGCGUCACUCUGCUCGCUGUGCUGCUGGUUGUUCUUUUGCUGCUGCUCCACAAGAAGAAGCUAUUUCACGUUACCUAUGCAAACGCCCAGGAAAACGACAGGAACGCGGAGGUUGACAUCUACGACAACUGUGGUCCAGUCCCCAAUCCUGAGGAAUCACCGUACCAGGAGCUCGAUUCAUACACCCAGGAUCAGAACAUGUACUGUUCACUGCAGGGUUAACCAAACACAGACCAGCAACACAUAACACGCAUGUGUGGAGGCAAAGUGUCUUCUUUAAAUAGUGUGUGUUAGUCCAAAGCGCUGUAUAAGUGUGUGUGAAUGUGACCUGUAGUGUGAAACACUUUGAGCUGUCGAUAAGAACCCAGGUGCCCCUGAACCCCCCCAAAAACCUCUUUUCAUCAAUAUGUUUCCAUAUUUGUCCAAACUGUAAUGGAAAUGGAAGGUAACACCAUUAAAUUUCAGGGACAGAUUGAAGAGACUCACCUGCAGAGCAGCUGUUUCCUUUCGUCGGUUUUAAAAUCCAAGACCGGAAGUGUUUUUGUUUUCCACUCUCGCGCUCAUAACGCCUCCGCGGGUCGCUCUCCGCCGUAACAUCGUUCAAAAAG